GGGCGGAAGUCGUGUCCUUUAACCCCGGAAGUUGUCUCUAAACGGAAGAGCUGUUCCGGUUCGGGAGUGGAAAGUUGUUGUCGUUGGGAUCCUCUCAGGCUCCCGGUCCGGCUCAGACAUGGGGAAAUCAUUCGCCAACUUCAUGUGCAAAAAGGACUUCCAUCCGGCGUCCAAGUCCAACAUCAAGAAAGUAUGGAUGGCUGAACAGAAAAUAUCAUAUGAUAAGAAGAAACAAGAGGAAUUAAUGCAACAAUAUCUUAAGGAACAAGAAUCAUAUGAUAAUAGAUUGCUUAUGGGAGAUGAACGUGUAAAGAAUGGCCUAAAUUUUAUGUAUGAGGCCCCACCAGGAGCUAAAAAAGAAAACAAAGAGCAAGAAGAUGCAAAAGGAGAGACUGAAUACAAAUUUGAAUGGCAGAAAGGAGCCCCACGUGAAAAAUAUGCAAAAGAUGACAUGAAUAUCAGAGACCAGCCAUUUGGUAUUCAGGUGCGGAAUGUGAGAUGCAUUAAAUGUCACAAAUGGGGUCACGUCAACACUGAUAGAGAAUGUCCUUUGUUUGGUCUUUCUGGAAUCAAUGCAAGUUCAGUUUCCAGUGAUGGCUCAGGGCCAUCAAUGCACCCCUCGGAGCUAAUAGCGGAGAUGAGAAACAGUGGGUUUGCACUAAAACGAAAUGUACUGGGGAGAAACUUGACCGCAAAUGAUCCAUCACAGGAAUAUGUUGCAAGUGAGGGUGAAGAAGACCCAGAAGUUGAAUUCUUAAAAUCACUCUCAACUAAACAAAAACAGAAACUACUCAGGAAAUUGGAUCGCCUUGAGAAGAAAAAGAAGAAAAAGAAAAAAGAUAGAAAGAAGCAGCAGCUGCAAAAGAAGAAAAGUAGAAGUAAACACAAAAGAUAUAAAAACAAGUCCUCUUCCUCCUCUAGUUCUACCACCUCCUCCUCCUCUUCCUCCUCUUCCUCUUCUUCCUCAUCUUCCUCCUCUUCCUCCUCCUCCAAUGAAACUUCAGAAAGCAGCAGUGAGAGUGAGAGUGACAGCAAAGAAAGAAAAGCCCGAAAGAAGAUGUCUUCUAAGAAGAAAAAAAAAGCAAAGUCUUCAGAUAGUGAUAGCAGUGAUUUUGGAGACAAGGGGGGAAAGUCUGUGAAGCCCAGAUUUGAUGAUGAGCCCUCCAGUAGUCAUAGUUACAAGGAAAAGGUGAGGGAGAAGUCCAGAUUUUCAAAGCAAGAGAGUUUUGGAGAAAAUAACAAAAGGAGCCAUUGUGAUUCUGAAAGAAAGUCUAAAAGGCAGGAUCACAGCCCAGGCAAGAAAGAAUCUGAGGGUAAGGAAAGGAAUAGUGAGAGCCAAAGCAGGGAAGAGAGGGAUCACGGAAACUCCAGCAGAAGUCACAACAGUUCUAAGCCAAGACAGAUGAGAAAGAGACCAAGCCAGAGUCCCAGCAAAGAGUGGAGCCGAAAGAGUGAGUCCCGAAGCUCUAGCAGAUGUGUGUACAGUGGAGGAAAGGAGUACAGAGAACGAAGCAGGAGUGGAGAUCGAAUGAAGAGAAAGUGUCUGUGACAGGUACCUGGAAAUAGAAAUAGCUCCACUUUUUUAUUGACUACUCUUCUCCAAGGGCUAAAUUAUGUACUAUUGUCUUUCUAAUAAAAAAGCUCUAUUUUCAUUUUCCACUCCUGUAAACUGUCGUUUCGUGCACAAAACUCCCAUCAGUACUAUGAGAAUGAAUUUUGUGAAUAUUUGUAAAUGGCCUAUUUUGUCUGUAGAAAUAGUUUCUUUUGAUUUUUUUUGUUUUCCUGUGCUAGGGGAACAUUCAUAACUUUGUAAAUGACAUUUUCUUUGUUUUGAAAUAUCUUUAAAAAAAAAAAAAAAGAAUGACAGUUCAUUGAAUGGGUAUAAUUUAAUUUGAAUUUCUCAUUGUUUUUUAGAUUUAGAUUUUCCAUGGGCAAAACGUAAGCUUUGUAAAAAUCUUAUCAUAGUAUGGUUAAAUGCUAGAAUGUUUCUGACUCCUUCUGGUAUAAGGAGUAGCCAGAAUAUAAUAUUUGGGGCAAUAUUGAGGGAGUUUGGGUACUGGAUUUUUUUAUUCUUAAAUUUCUAUUAGUUUUCUACUCAAACUUCUACUAGUAGUUUUCAUGAGCUAAAUAAUGGUUUUAAAAGUUCUGAAGAAAUGUAUAACAUGUUUUGGCCUCCUGCCGUGUAUAAUGGGGGUGAGGUCUGUGUUAACAUCAUGAACCCCUGUUGGUCACUGUGGAGUCAAGUUAUUGUUCGAUAAUUUUUCAAGACGUGAAAAGAAUACUGCUUGAAGCUUUAACUGUUUCCAGGUAUUUCAUUUUAGGCAGUAGGAUAUUAACUUGAAUGCCUUUUUUUUCUGUUGACACACAGCUAUUUUGUUUCUGUGUUUUUCUAAGGUUUGGUUUUUCAUUUCAUGUCAUAAAGAUGAACCAUUUUAAUAAAUUCCAUUAUUUUUA